AUGAAGAACUGGCACAUCGCUUUGAUCACCGGAAUCACCGGAGCCGUUGCCCUUGUCGUCGGACUCCUGAUCGGCCACUAUGCCAUCCUGAAGCCUGGCCACGCAGAACAGGGGCAUGGCUCCACUGGGGACAUUGACGAGUCCCUCAUCCAGCACUUCAUGAGCGAGAUUGACAACAAGCGGAUCGAGGACAACUUGAGGGAACUGUCUAAAAAGCCACAUAUGGCCACAACCAAAGGGGAUAUUGAUCUGGUCAAGUUGAUGUUAGACAGAUGGCAGAACAAAGAGACAGGUUUGGAUGAAGCAAAGAAGGUGACGUACAAUGUGUGGUUGUCCUUUCCACAGAAGGACAAGCCCAACAGUGUUACUGUAGUUUUGCCAAAUGGGACAGAACUCUUCAAGUCGCGGAUGAAGGAGUUGAAUUACACCAAGGACCAGCUGGACCCAGAUGUGGUGCAGCCAUUCGCAGCUUACGCACCAGCAGGAACUCCCAAGGGCAGGCUCGUCUAUGCUAACUAUGGGACAAUGGAUGACUACCAGCAUUUGAACCAAACCAUUGACCUGAAGAACACAAUCGCUAUUGUUAAAUACGGUGGAACUGGCCGGGGCAACAAGGGUAUAAAUGGUGCAAAGUUUGGGGUGACUGGAGUCAUCGUUUACACCGAUCCUGCUGAUAUCAACGACGGAAAGACCAACGACAAAACUGAGACCUACCCUCACUCCUGGUACCUGCCCCCCUCUGGCGUUGAGCGUGGCUCCUACAAGCUCAAUUUUGGUGACCAGCUGACACCUUAUUACCCUGCCAAAGAUUAUACCUUCAGAGAGGCUGAAUCUGAUGUCAAAGGUUUAUCACCCAUCCCUGCACAGCCCAUUGGGUUUGAAGAUGCCCGUCAACUCAUCUGCGGAUUGGCUGGGGAUGAAGCUCCUGAAAGCUGGCAAGGAGCCCUUGGCUGCAGAUACCACCUGGGUCCUGGCUUCCACAACAAGAGCUCCUUUGCAAACAGCGAGGUACAAGUCAACGUGUUCAACAAGCGGGAGGUAAAACCAUCAGACAAUGUGAUCGGAGUUAUCCGUGGGAGUGUAGAACCAGAUCGCUAUGUAAUCUAUGGCAAUCAUCGUGACAGUUGGGUCCAUGGUGCUAUCGACCCCAGUAGUGGCACUGCAGUCAUGUUGGAAAUCUCCAGAGUCAUGGGCAAGAUGGUGAAGGAAGGCAAAUGGCGGCCACGCCGUUCAAUCAUUUUCGGCAGCUGGGGCGCGGAGGAGUUUGGUUUAAUCGGCUCCACAGAAUGGACCGAGGAAUACUAUAAGAAACUGAUUGAGAGGACUGUGGGAUACAUCAACGUGGACAUUGCAGUGUUUGCCAAUGCCACCUUGAGAGCCAGUGGAUCCCCAGCGGUGCAGAGUGUGGUGUUUGACGCAGCUAAGCAGGUCUCAGCUCCUGGACACAGUGACCUGUCUGUCUAUGAAAACUGGGUGAAGCAUUCGAACCGAACAAGUGCUCUCCAUGGCCUCAUUCCAAACUUGGGGCGUCUGGGAGCAGGAAGUGACUACGCACCCUUCUUCCAUUAUCUUGGGAUCAGCUCCAUGGACAUUGCUUACACCUACGACAAGACAAAAACAAAAGCUCGAAUCUACCCUGCUUACCACACAGCCUACGAUACUUUCGAUUAUGCUUCUCGUUUCAUUGACCCAGGUUUCACCAGCCACCAGACCGUCGGGAGGACAGCAGGCAAUGUGUUAAUGCGGCUGGCUGACAAUGUCAUCCUCCCUCUCAAUAUCAGAGACUACAGCGAGGCCAUCGACCAGCUCUACAAUACAGCAGAGAGGGACUUGGCUCCAGAGCUCCUGAAGCAGAAUAUCUCCCUGGAUCCUCUACGUUCUGCCGUAAAGAAGCUAAAGGAAGCUGCUGAGGGUCUUCACACUCGAAUAUCUGAGCUGAGGGAUCAGCAAGUAAGCCCUCUGACGCUACGCAUGGUCAAUGAUCAGCUGAUGCUGCUCGAACGAUCAUUCCUCAAUCCACUCGCCUUUCCUGACAAGCUCUACUAUCGACACGUCAUCUAUGCGUCAAAGAAUUCAGAUGUGGAAACAUUUCCCGGACUAGCCGAUGCUUACCAGCGUGCCCUGGCUGAUGGAAAUGCCUGGGAUGAUGUUCGGAAACACCUCACGAUAGUUACUUACACGCUGGAGAGCGCAGCCUCGACCCUGGAGGCUGUGGUCUAG